AUGACUCAGUUCAUGAAUGACCCAGCCAACCUACAAGCCAUCCAGGGCUUUGGCCAGGUCAUGGCCAUGUGCCAACAGAACGGGGGGAUGCCUUUCCUCCCUGGUAUGUUCCCAUUCGCCCUUCCAGGCGCGGGGACCAUGCCCCUACAAGCUCCGAUGGCGGUGACGUUGUUCCAGACGCCGAUGCCGCAACCAUCACCUUUCCAGCCCCAGCUGGUCAGCACCAUGGCCCCUGUCAACUUGGCCGGUGCACUUAACGCUGCAGGGCCGUCGCGUCCCCCGCAAGCUACGGAUCCACAGAUCACUCCUGAUGGUCAUUGCGUCUCAAUUGAGAGCGAUGACGGCGAGUGGGACAUCCCGAGGGCCCACGAGAAGAAGAAAGGAAAAAACAUCCGGCCAGCGACCUCCCGAAACUCCGCCUUCGAAAGGCUGGGGGAUAGGGAGGAAGGCCAGAGGAAGUCAGCCAAGCAAAGGCUGGGGCAGAGCGUCGCCCAUGUCAGCGCAUUCGCCCGGCUAGGCGAGGUGCGGGAGGCCGAGCCUGCCCGCACCCGGCGCUCCCGGUCUAACCGGCAGGAGCCAGCGAGGAUGAGGGCCUCCCACCAGAAAGGGGAGGCAGAAAGCCAGCCCAGGUUACCGGUGGCGAACUGGUUAACCAUCCCAAACGACCGCGUCCAGCAGAUGGAGGCAAAGCUGGAAAGGCUGGAAAAGAAGGUCGGGGAGAAGAAUGACCGGGACAAACCCCUGGCAGGGUCCCCGUUCACCACAAGGGUCCAUCUGACACCUUUCCCGCGAAAGGUCAAGAUCGACGCCCCCAGAUUCACCGGGAAGGAAGACCCGGAAAUCCACCUGGAUUCCUUCAACCAGAGUGCGACCAUGAACGGUUGCACCGAUGAAGAAAAGUGCCUACUUUUCUUCCAGACCUUGCGGAACCGAGCCACUGAAUGGUUCAAUAAGCUUCGCCCGGGAAGCAUUGACUCAUUCAGUGAUUUGGCCUCAAAGUUCAAGGCCAAGUUCCAGGAGAAUUGUACUAAGAGGAAGAAGUUCACCUAUCUUAGUACAGCCGGGCAGAGGGAGUCUGAGAACCUCACUCAGUUCCUUACCCGGUGGAAGGAAGAGGUAGACAAGGUGGAAGAGAUGGAUGACAAGACCGUCCUCUCCCUCCUCUUGAAUGGCUUGC